AUGUCUCAAAAAGGCAUAGAUAUAAAGUACAAAUGCCCUUCUAACCAAACUAGUAGUACAGGUACCUGUAAGGAUGAUCAAUCUAUACAGGCCGAUAAGGGGAACCUUGAAGGAGCUCCAUACUAUGGAUAUGUUACUCACAGUUCCACUGGGAAAAGGAUAGGAACGCUUACCUAUGGUGGAAGGUCCCUUGAGAUAGAAGAUGGUAAAAGAACUGCAUUUUCCACAAAGUAUCAUAAUUUAGAGAAAGUGACUACAUAUUACUAUACAAAGAAUGAUAAUAGCAGCGAUAACAUAAAUGUACCUCUUAUCCUAAGAAUUUUUAAUAGAGGAGGACCAUAUUACUUGUACCUAAACCUUGGUGGAGACCAUACAAAAUGGAAGCGGGUUCCUCUGAGUGAUAACUUUAAGAUUCCUACAGACAAUACUACAAAUAAAGAACUAACUAACAUCCUAGAGAGUCAGACGUGUAUACUUUACAAACUACAUAAAAUUGAUAUAUGUAAUGAUGGAAAUAGUGAUAUUAAUCCGUACACAUGUCCUGUUUGUGACAAGGCUACAGUAUGGUCAAAUGCAGAGAGACAUGUGAACUCCAUUGACUGUUACAAAAUAUUUUGUCAUGUCCUACUAGAUGAUGGUAAUAAAAUUAUACAUCCAGUAACUUAUGAAAAUGAACUUAUUGUGUACAGGAACAAUGCUACUAACAAAUGGAAACCGCUUUCAGUCAGUAAGAGCGAUUGUGAUUAUCUCUCCGUCUAUUACUGGGAAGGAGAUAGUAAGCGUAAUAAUCCUCUCCUGAUAGAAGUUAAAUUUAGCGGGAAAUCUACUUGGUACGAGAACAAGAGUGCAGGUGGAAAUAACAAGAUAUGGAAUAAAGUUCAAGAUCAGUAUAAGGGAGUACUUGCUACAGAGAAUGGUCUAAAGACCAAACUUGACUACCUUAAUUGCACACUCAAUAAUGCUGUUAGGAUUAACUUAGGACUAGAUUCUGGUUGUCAUGAUUCUAGGGAUAGUAAUCAUAAAAGUAGAAUCAAAACCCGUCACAAUGGAACUGUCGAUAAAGCUCUUCUUCUUUCGGCCUAUGAAUACACUAGUAGCGAACAUGGUGGAGGACCAUUUUCCGUGGCAGAAUCGUUUGUUCAGGAUGCAAGACAGAUUUUUGGUAAUACUAAGUUCUUCAAGGGUAUUGCAAAGGUUAUUGUCUAUGCUUCAUCCUGCGAUGCCACGAAUCCAUUCUUGCUUUGUAUAGAAUCAAAUUGUAAUGAAUACAAAUGGUACUGGAAAACAAAGUUAGGGAAUAACUGGGAACUCUAUCCCCAGUUCUCUAAGCAGUCUCCUAAGGAUGUUAAGAGUCAAAUCGGAGGAAUUUUCAAUAGCGUGAAAGAUCCUCUCGGAGUAAAACCAUGUCCUACCAAAACCCCUCCUUCCACUGGCCUUAAGUUAGACAUUAAAAGGCAGCCGACUGGUGACGAACUUGAGAGUAUUUAUUAUGACUCCAGUUCUGAUGAUAUUCCCAUUCUGGUUACUAAGGAUACUAACAAUCUUCCAAAGGGUUUCUUCAGAGUUACCCACCAGACAACCUCAGAUAUAGGACAUUUUACGGUAAGUAAUACACUUAAGGACGGAGAUGGUAUAAGAAGGAGCAAACGAUCUGUAGAUUGUGUUUCUGUUUAUUUUGGAAGUUCGAAGCCUGAUUUACCCAUCCUACUUGAAGUGAAGGAUGAGACCAACGAAACAAAGUAUUAUUCUCGUACUGAAGUCACCGGAACGAGCCAGGGUAAUUGGGCACAACAAAACGAUUAUGAUAAGCUAACAUCUAAUGAGCUAAAUGACAUGCUUGAUGACCAAAAUGGUAAGAGGAAUAGCACAAUACCAAUUGACCUCAAGACUCCCGAAGUUCUUGAACCAUUCUAUAAGGCCAUUAAGGUAAAGACUACAACUACUCCGCACCUUGAGAAAAGGAGAUAUGUAACUCCAUUGUUACCUGGACCUGAACUUCCCCAAGGAGCCAGAAAGGAUUACGAAGUAAAAUCCUAUCUUAUAGAGAGUGGUCAAGGUGCAAAAAUAUCUAGGGUCGUUUAUGGCAGUAAUGAAACUACUGGUAUCGAGCCUCCUAAAGAUAAAGUUUCUCAACUUAGGAUAUAUCAAUGGAAGAAUGACUCCAGUCUACCCGAUAAGGUGCCUCUCCUAGUUGAGUUCAUUAGUAGUGGUAAAUCUGAGUGGUUUGAGAAUCUUGAUAAAAAGAGUCUUGCCUGGCAAGGAGCUGACUCUAAGGACUCACAAAAGUUUUACAAGAGUACUUCUCCUCCACAAUAUCCGUAUCAAUUUGACCCCUCGUUCACUAAUGAGCUCGAUAAGGUUAGCUGUCAUAUUCAUCAUACUGUUAGUAUAAAUAUAUCCAAGAAUAGUGGAAUGUUGUAUUGUCAUGAUAUGUGUAAGUCAAGGAGGAUAAAGGUUGAUAAAGAGAAGGGUGGAAUAUUUUAUGGAUAUACUGGUUAUGAACACACAUCUGCAAUCAAAGGUCAGGAUAAUUUUACGCUUACUUCCAUAGUGUAUAAUAAAAAGAAACAAAAUGUGAAUAAUAACGUAGAAUUCCCUCUCAAAGAUGUCAAACAGGUGACUGUUUAUUUUCCGGUUUGCAAUCCAAUGGUUCCUGUUAUGAUAUACAUAAACUAUGAUGUUACAAAGAAUAACAGUCAUGGAAAGAGUAUGUGGCUAAAGAAUGAAGAUAAAGAAGGAAACUGGGAUAAUGUUAGCAGUACAAUCCCUGGAGAUGAUAAAGAGAAUCUUAUUAAAGAAGCAAUUCAAAAGAUUCUUGAUGGUGUAAAAAGUAAUCUAAACUUAUGUCCAGGAUCUCCUAAAGAGUCUAAAUCACAUUCACAACCACAUUCUGAUGGAGGUCCCGCUGGAGAACUAGGUACAUACCCUGAAAUUAGUAAUGAAGAAGAUGUAAAUGAACAGGAGGAAAAAGAAGAAGAGGAAGAAGACGAAGAUAAAGCAUCCAGUGAAGACGACGAUUCUACUCAAGCUGAAACUCUUAAACCUAAAUCUCUUCUCCCCGCUAAGUCUCAAAGUGUUGGUAAAGUUGGAGCUAGAGGAGACACUGGUAAAGAACUAUUUAAAGCAAUCGGUGAAACAGUUAGGUUUGGAUCGACUAUUGCUGAUUUAACUCUUGGCUUGGUUAAGGAUGUUUUUGCUAGUCGAUCUCCUGAUCAAACUACUGCUAAAGCUUUAGCUCAAUCCUCAGACUCUACUCUUGGAGAUGGUCUUGCUCGUUCUGGUGAAGCUCCUGAGGAAAAGUCUCCUGAUAUAAAGACUAUUUCUAUUAUUACCUCUUCUGUUCUUGGUGCCUCAGGUUCUCUUACUGGAUUUGGCUGGUGGAUAUAUAAACGUUCUAAAGGAGACCCUUGGGUUCGACAAAUUUAG